AUGUCGAGUAUUGUCUCCAUAUUUGUCACAUCUCCGGAUACCCACUCAGAAAGACGUUAUGAUCUUCACUUGACAGUCGGUCAGCUCAAGGCCAAAUUAGAGCUCGUUACGGGAAUUCCAGCACAGAGCCAAUCAUUAUCCUUAUAUCGAAAUGAGGACGAUCAGACACCGAUUGCAGUUCUGGACGACGAGAGCAAAGCGCUUGGCUUUUACAGUGUGGCAUCGGGGCAAUUUCUCAAAGUUCGAGAUACCAAUCCUAAUGCCUCGAUGAGCGGCCAGUUUACCGACGUCUCGCAAGUGGAAAAGUUUGACCUUACCAAGGACGAUGAGACAUGGGCAGACACUGUCAAGUCGUACAUCGAGAAACAUCAGAUGGGACGCUUUGCACCCAAGACCGAUUCACCAGCGACACCAACUCUCGCAGAGAUCUCUGCGCAGUACCCAAUAGGAUCCAGGUGCGAAGUCGCUACGGACGCUGGUCCAAAGUAUCGGGGGACAAUUCGCUUCGUUGGAGAGACAGAGUUUGGAAAUAAAACGGGAGUCUGGAUUGGAGUGGAAUAUGAUGAAGCAUGGGGCAAGAAUGAUGGCUCUGUGGAGGGCAAGCGUUACUUUACAUGCCCACCAGCAAAAGGAGCAUUCGCUCGACCCAAAAAGGUCACAGUAGGUGACUUUCCACCAGAGGACCUCGGACUGGACGAUGAGGACGAGGAGCUUUGA